CUGAAUUCGGCUGGUUCAACGCAGCUGUAGGUAAACCCGCAGCUAGUAGAAGGUGUUUGUCUGCGCGGCGCUGCUGCGGCGGGGACGCGUGGCUGUGCAGCGGAGCGGCGUGUUCUCUGACUGGCUGGGCUUCCUCAUGCUCCCCGGUGUGGCUGCUGGAUCUCCGCUCGUCCUCUCUAGAUGAAAAUGUCCCUGGCGCAGCGAGUACUCCUGUCCUGGAUCUUCGCUCUCAUCUUCCUCAUCAUGCUGGUCCUCAAGCUGGACUCCAAGAUCCACUGGAACUGGUUCCUCAUCUUUCUUCCAGUUUGGACUUUUGACGCCAUCCUCAUCCUUAUGCUGGUGGUAAAGAUGGCCGGUCGUUGUAAGCCUGGCUACGACCCGCGGGAUGGGCAGCAGAACCUGAAACGGAGGGUGUGGUACCUAGUGGCCAUGUUGCUGAAGCUGGGUUUUUGUUUAACGCUGUGUUCCCGGUUGGAGAGGCUUACAGACGUGUGGCUGAGUGUGGUGUGUAUUCCCCUCUGGGCCCUGUUGGUUGGGGCACUAGUGGAACUGGGGUACAGUGUGUUCCAUUAUAGGAGGGACUGAACUGGGGGUACAUGAUGAUGGAUAAGACUGCAAGUGAUGCUGUUCCAUUCCAGAAAAACAGGAUGAACGAUAGAGAUUUUAACUCUGUUAAAACAAGAGAUGGAGAUACAACAACAAAAAAACAAGUCUUUUCCAAAUACAUGGCCAUCUCUCACUAUAGCAGGGAUUGAUUGUAUAUGCACCCAUAUGUAAAACUACCAGGACCUGGUCAAAUAGAGUGGUUCUCUAAGUCAACACCAUUCGUUAUCUUCAGAAUAAAGUCAACUCAUGCUGUGUGUUGUCAGUGGCAUUGUGUAGCCUGUUGUAAUGUCUUCAGUGAGCAAUGGAAAUAGACAGAUGAGGUCAGGGUAGUAAGAGUUUUGUUAUCUACUCUGUGAUGUGAUUGUGGUUCAAAGACAUUUUAAAAAUGGGGCAGUUCAAUUAUUGGCUGACUGACUGUUAGCUGAAUCACAUGGGUUUAAGACCUGGCAGUAAGGCUGUUCAGGUGCUGUCAUUGCAUUUGUUUGCUGUAGCAUAUUUGCACAGUUGAAUAAAACGUCUUGCAGUUGACAGCUGGUAUUUUUAUAAUUACACUGAAUAGCCUAAGCAGCUGCUGUAGUAAUACCCUGAUAAUUUGCAGUUAUACUAUACGACUUCCUUACUUGUGUUUGUAUUGUUUAUGUAACUACACAGUUUACAAUGAAAGCCAUUACCUUUAAGCUCCCC